AUGUUUGCCACGCGUGCUCUGCUGGGCCGCUCGGUCUGGAAAGGCCCGAAUAUUGUCCCUCUACCUCUUCCGCGCACCCUCCCCCCUCCACCAAACACCCCCCCAAUCCGCACCCAAAAGCGCGCCGCAACCAUCCUCCCCAACUUCGUCGGCCUGCGCUUCGCUGUCCACAACGGAAAGACCUACCAAGAGAUCCAGAUCACGGAGGAGAUGGUCGGCCGCAAGCUCGGAGAAUAUGUCGCGACCCGAAAGCGCUUCACCUACAAGCAGUCCAAGAACAAAUAA